AGCACUGCCUGACUGCCUGCCAUUCUUGAGGUCUGGCACCAGCUCCCCCAGUCUCAUGGUGCACUCUGGUCCCAUUGCUGGGAGCAGGGGGUGCUGGCAGGGAGGUGGUUCCCUUGCCCUGCCCUACCUGGGCAUGCUGCCUCUGCUCCCGCCUGGCCCCCAGCUUGCCUGGCUGGGGCUCUGGGACCACCAGCAUGGUGGGGAGCCAGGCCCACCCGCAGCUGUGGGGUUCGCACUGGUCCCCAGGAGCACUGCCCAGACCCACUAGUGUCUUCUCCACUCAGGAUGUGCUGUGGGACAGCUGGGGCCGAUGGCAUGUGGUGGCCUCCAGCAUGGCCAUAGCUGUAUGGCCAUAGCCUGGGGAAAGUGAGGUACAGGGUGGCUGGGAAGGCACUGUGGGAGGAGGGCACGGUGGUGGCACUGCAGAAUCGGGUCCCCUGCAUUGCAUGGUGAGGGAGGCAGGUGGCCAAACCUCCCUAAGGCAGCCGGCGUCAGUGAGGGCCAGAGGCAUGGGAACAGGAAGGUCAGAGAGUGUCCGGCCUCGCAACCAAGGAUUAGCACUGUCCUCGCUGUAUCACGCGGCCCUGAGCCCAUUCCCCGCCUAAUCCCCUCAUUCUGGGCAGCUAGCCAGCGCUGGGCAGGGGCACCAGACCCCUCUGUCCCUGCCUGGGCUGUGACGGACAGAGCUGCCCCUUCAGUCCUUCAGCAGAUCACCCAGCCUGGCUCAGCACUGUGCUGAAAUGCGGACCAGGGAGUCUUGGUGCCUCCAUUACAGGCAGGACUGGGAGCUGCAGGGAAAUUGGGGCACCAGGGUCAGUGGCUUGCAGUGCCACUCCAGAACCGUGCCAUGUAGUGCUGCUGCUGUAGUGCAAGCAGGAUCUCAGCACCAGGGAGCAGCAGGCAGAGGUAACACUGUCAGUGCUGAGGCAGGAGGGGUCUCAAACCCCCAAGUAUACCCAGUCUUGUCAGGUUUUGGGGUGGGCAGCAUGUACUUGCAGGACAGCCUAGCCCCUGUGGUCCAUCCUAGCCUACCAUGUGCCAGGGUGGCAGUGCCUGCAUUGCUGGAAUGCCCACUGCAUCCCACAGCCUCAUCCCCAUGGCUCUCCUUUCCUCGCAGGCUGCCGGCCCCACAAGCAGCUGCUGAGGCGGGAUGGUGCUGGUGCUGGCACUGUGGGCCUGCCUGGCACUGGGCACAGCCAGUGAGGAGAGCCCGGCACCCGAGCCCCUGGCAGGCGGCCAGCCCUUUGCCGUGGUGUGGAACGUCCCCACCAGCCGCUGCCAGCACCGCUUUGGCGUGGGGCUGCCCCUCAGCGACUACGGCAUUGUGGAGAACCAGGGUGGCCACUUUGCUGGCCAGAACAUCACCAUCUUCUACAAGAACAAGUUUGGGCUGUACCCCUACCUGUCACAGCAGGGUGUGCCCCAUAAUGGGGGCAUCCCCCAGCGAGUCUCCCUCAAAGCCCACAUCAACAGGGUGACUGAGGACAUCCGCCUCCUCCUGAAACCUGCUUUCCAUGGCUUGGCCGUGGUGGACUGGGAGGAGUGGAGGCCCCUGUGGGCCCAAAACUGGGGGCCCAAAAAGAUUUACCGGACAGCCUCAGAGCAGUGGGUGCAGGACCAGCACGGCAUCCUGCCGGCACGGCAGCAGCUCCGACUGGCCCAGUUGGAGUUCGAGCAGGCAGCACAGGCUCUAAUGGAGGAGACACUUCUGGUGGGCCGGGCCCUGCGCCCUGAGGGGCUCUGGGGUUUCUACCGUUUUCCUGACUGCCUCAACAGCAACUGGGCCAAGGAGCCAAACUACACGGGGCAGUGCCAGCCGGCGGAGGUGCAGCGUAACAACCAUCUGGGCUGGCUCUGGGCCGCCUCUUCUGCCCUCUAUCCCAGCAUCUACCUGCCGCUGGCACUGCCGCCCGCCCUGCGCCAGCGCUACGUGCACCACCGGCUGCGCGAGGCCCUGCGCGUGGCCGCCUUCGGGGCUGAUGGCCUCCUGCCCGUGAUCGCCUACUCCCGCCUCUCCUUCCGCCGCUCAUCCCGGUUCCUGCAGCUGGCUGACCUUGUGCACACCAUUGGGGAGAGUGCGGCACUGGGAGCGGCUGGACUCGUGCUCUGGGGUGACAUGUUGUACUCCCGCUCGGCUGAAAGCUGUGCCAGCCUGCGCCACUACCUCGUCUCCACCCUGGGUCCCUACGUGGCCAACAUCACGGCAGCAGCCCGAGAAUGCAGCUAUGGGCAGUGCCAUGGACACGGGCGCUGUGUGCGCCGGCAGCCCCACGACCUGGACAGCCUCCUGCACCUUGGCCCCAGUGCAGGUCCGUGGGCUGCAUUCCGCUGCCACUGCUACCGUGGCUGGGCAGGUGAGGGCUGUGCCCAGCGGGUACGGCUCAGGCCUGCCACCUCCUGCCAGGUGCCCACCCACGCUCACAGCCUCUAUGGGCACAAGGAUCUUACAUCCUCUGACACCUGUCUGCCACAGGGCAAGUGGGGCUGGUGACAAAGGCUGGGGACCAUCACGGUCCCCUACCACAGCAGUGCUGCUGCUGGCACUUCAUUAACCUAAAUAAAUUCUCCUGGCAC